AUUCUCUCUUGUUUCCCCAGGGCUGUGUGCAAGAAGUUUGGGCUACAUGUGAGCCGCCUGAUGUUGGCCUUCCUGGUGCUCAGCACUGGCAUGUUCUGCUCAUCUGCAGCCUUCCUCCCAAGCAGUUUCUGCAUGUACACCACAGUAAUUGCCAUGACUGGCUGGUAUAUGGACAAGACCUCUGUAGCAGUGCUGGGGGUGGCUGCUGGAGCCCUUCUGGGCUGGCCCUUCAGUGCAGCUCUUGGGCUUCCUAUUGCCUUUGACCUGUUGAUACUGAAGCAGAGGUGGAAAAGUUUCCUAAACUGGUGUGUGGUGUCCUUGAUCCUGUUUUUGGUGCCCUUGGUGGUUGUGGACAGCUAUUACUAUGGGAAGCUGGUGGUUGCACCUCUCAACAUUGUUUUAUACAACGUGUUCACCUCUCACGGACCUGACCUCUAUGGUACAGAACCCUGGUCCUUCUAUUUCAUCAAUGGCUUUCUGAAUUUCAAUGUGGCAUUUAUUCUGGCACUGCUCGUGUUGCCACUGACUUGUCUCAUGGAGUGUUUGCUUCAGAAGUUUCAUGUUCAGAAUCUGGGCCGGCCCUACUGGCUGACACUCUCUCCUAUGUACAUCUGGAUCAUGAUUUUCUUCAGUCAGCCCCACAAAGAAGAGAGAUUUCUCUUCCCCAUCUAUCCCCUCAUAUGUCUCUGUGGUGCUGUGGCUCUGUCUGCUCUUCAGAAAUGUUACCACUUCAUAUUCCAGCGCUACCGCCUGGAGCACUACACGGUCUCCUCCAACUGGCUGGCUCUGGGCACUGUCCUGCUCUUUGGCCUCCUGUCAUUGUCACGUUCUGUUGCCUUGUUCAGAGGCUACCAUGCACCCCUGGACCUGUACCCAGAAUUUCACAGGAUUGCUACUGACCCAAGCAUUCACACAGUGCCAGAGGGGAGGCCUGUCAAUGUCUGUGUGGGAAAGGAGUGGCACAGAUUUCCAAGCAGCUUUCUUCUGCCAGAUAAUUGGCAGCUCCAGUUCAUCCUGUCAGAAUUCAGGGGCCAGUUACCUAAACCAUUUGCCAAGGGACCAAUGGCCACACGGAUCAUUCCCACUGACAUGAACGACCAGAACAAGGAAGAGCCAUCUAGAUAUAUUGACAUUUCCAAAUGCCACUAUCUGGUGGACUUGGACACAGGAGCUGAAACCCCGAGGGAGCCAAGGUAUUCUGCUAACAAAGAAGAGUGGAUAACCAUUGCCUACAAGCCAUUCCUAGAUGCUUCCAGGUCCUCCAAGCUGCUGCGUGCAUUCUACAUCCCCCUCCUCUCAGAACAGUACACCUGGUAUGCAAACUACACCAUUCUGAAAGCCAGGAGGUCGAAGCAAAGCAGGAGAAAAAUGGGAGGCUAG